AUGACGUCUACCUGCACCAACAGCACGCGCGAAAGCAACAACAGCCACACGUGCGUGCCCCUGUCCAAAAUGCCCAUCAGCCUGGCGCACGGCAUCAUCCGCUCGAGCGUGCUGCUCGUCUUCCUCGCCGCCUCCUUCGUGGGCAACGUCGUGCUGGCGCUCGUGUUGCAGCGCAAGCCGCACCUGGUGCAGGUCACCAACCGCUUCAUCUUUAACCUCCUCAUCACCGACCUGCUGCAGAUUUCGCUCGUGGCCCCCUGGGUGGUGGCCACCUCCGUGCCCGUCUUCUGGCCUCUCAACACCCACUUCUGUACCGCCCUGGUGAGCCUCACUCACCUGUUCGCCUUCGCCAGCGUCAACACCAUCGUGGUGGUGUCCGUGGAUCGCUACCUGUCCAUCAUCCACCCCCUCUCCUACCCCAAUAAGAUGACCCACCGCCGGGGCUACAUGCUCCUCUAUGGCACCUGGAUCGUGGCCAUCCUGCAGAGCACACCCCCCCUCUACGGGUGGGGCCAGGCUGCCUUUGACGAGCGCAACGCCCUCUGCUCCAUGAUCUGGGGGGCCAGCCCCAGCUACACCAUUGUCAGCGUGGUGUCCUUCAUCAUCCUCCCACUGGUCGUCAUGAUCGCUUGCUACUCCGUGGUGUUCGGGGCCGCCAGGCGGCAGCACGCCCUGCUCUACAACGUCAAGAGCCACAGCCUGGAGGUUCGAGCCAAGGAUCGGGUGGAGACCGAGGACGAAGAGGGAGAGAGGAAGGAUGCUUGCCAGGGCCAGCACGGAGGUGAGGUGGAGGCCGAGGAGGGUGGCGUGGAGGCCAAGGAUGGCAGCAAGCAGGCCAAGGAAGGGCGCAUGGAGACCAGUGAGGGUAGCGCGGAGGCCAAGGGCAGCGAGGAGGUCCCGGAGAGCAGCCUGGUGGCCGGCAAAGGCAGCUCGGAGGGCAAGGAAGCUGGUGGCGUACCUGCAGGCAGCACGAAGGGGGACAAGGGCCGCGCAGGGGUCGACCAGUGCAACAUUGACUUGGGCGAAGAUGAUGUGGAGUUUGACAUCAAUUUCAGCGAGGACGACAUCGAGGCAGUGAACAUCCCCGAGAGCCUCCCAGCCAGUCGUCGAAACAGCGCCAGUGACCCUCCCCUGCCCAGCUGCUACCAGUGCAAAGCUGCGAAAGUGAUCUUCCUCAUCAUUUUCUCCUACGUGCUCUCCCUGGGGCCCUACUGCUUUCUAGCCGUUCUGGCCGUGUGGGUGGAUGUCCAGACCAAGGUACCCCAGUGGGUGAUCACCAUAAUAAUCUGGCUUUUCUUCCUGCAGUGCUGUAUCCACCCCUACAUCUAUGGCUACAUGCACAAGACCAUCAAGAAGGAAAUCCAAGACAUGCUGAAGAAAUUCUUCUGCAAGGAGAGACCCCCUAAAGAAGCCAGCCACCUGGACCUGCCCGGAAUGGAAGCCGGCACAGAGGGAGGGACUGAAGGCAAGACCGUCCCUUCCCGUGAUUCUGCUACUUCGCCUUGA